AUGACUGAUUCAGACACUUCAUCCUCAUCUGAUCCCUUGCUGCACAAACCGCACACUCCCCUCCCAUUUUCCUUACCUUUUCUGAGAGGGGGCAGUCAUGUCUGGGAGAGGAAACCGCCACAAGCUGGGGAGUCACCUAGUCCACUUCCCAUCAAGCGCAAUCGCUCCUAUUCUGCUACUGUGAGGUCCAGGUCUGGACCAGUUUUCAAGGGAGUCUGCAAGAACUUCUCUAGGUCCCAAGGACAUGGUUUCAUCCGACCUACUCAUGGAGGAGAGGACAUAUUUGUUCAUAUCUCGGAUAUUGAGGGUGAAUAUGUACCAGUUGAGGGAGAUGAAGUGACCUACAAAGUGUGCCCUGUUCCACCGAAGAAUCUGAAGUUCCAGGCUGUAGAAGUGGUAAUCACUAACCUUACACCAGGAACAAAGCAUGAGACAUGGUCUGGACAAGUUAUCAGUUCAUAG